CGAUGCUUGUCUCCCGGGUCGUUUUUGCUGCUAAAACGUUCCGAUUUCCCGCGCUAAAGUCCACGUGUUUCAGUGAUGCGGAAACUUGACUAUUUUUAUUCGAUAUUUAAAUUAUAUUGUGGACGUUGAGGACUGUAAAGUCGUGCUAUAUUUUUAAGUGAAAGUUGAUUCUUGAAGACCACAUGUACUCGUCUUCAACGAAAGCGGCCUGCUGGCUGGCCACAUUCCUAAGCGUUUUUGUUACAGGUGAAAUGCCAAUUCAAGCCGAGGUUGAACCGGAAUUUCUACAGGCAUUGGAAAAUCACACUGUCACACAGGGUCGGGAUGUGCAUUUCACGUGUGUUGUCAAUCACCUAUCACAUUACCGGGUGGCGUGGAUAAAAUCUGAUUCGAAAGCAAUCCUCGCUAUUCAUACAAACAUGGUGGCUUUAAACCCACGACUGUCAGUCACAUAUAACAAUCACAACACGUGGAAAUUGCACGUCAGCAAUGUGCAGGCGAGCGAUUCAGGCACUUAUAUGUGCCAGGUCAACACAGAUCCAAUGAAAAGCCAGAUGGGUCAUCUAGCAGUGCUGAUCCCACCAGAUAUAGUUGACAGUGCGGCUGAAGGCAGCUCAGCAAGGGAAGGUGGAAAUAUUCGUCUAACCUGCACGGCUACAGGUGUUCCAGCACCCACUGUCAUGUGGAGGAGGGAACACAACCAACCCAUCGUCUUUAGACACGAUGGAGGAAGGGAGAAAAAAGUCGUAGACAUACACAAAGGCGAAAGUCUUGAGCUGGCUCACGUGCAUCGCACUGACAUGGGUGCAUAUUACUGCAUUGCCAGCAACGGGGUACCGCCCACCGUCAGCCGCCGGUAUCACGUGCAAGUACAUUUUAUACCACAAGUCAAAGCUGCGCUACAAUUAGUGGGGGCACCGCUUCGUAGUGACGUAGAACUGCAGUGUUAUAUUGAAGCCUCUCCGAAAGCUAUGAACUCCUGGUACCGGGAAGACGCGUUGGUGAGCGAUAAACUGCUAGAGAAUCCAAAGUUCCGUAUAGUGGAGCGCUCGGUGAACGAGUAUUCUUUAUGGAUGAACCUGACUAUAAAAUCGCUGGCUUUCGGCGAUUUUGGCACUUACGUGUGCGCCUCAGUCAACGCGCUCGGAAAGAUGGAGAGUCAAGUUAGCUUACACAAAAUCGACGUGAAUCUUAAUGGUCCAGAAGAUGUACCCAUGGUGUCUGGCGCAGCGUGGCAGCGCGCGAGAAAUUUACCAGCACGAGCACGCGCGUCGCCGUCCUAUUACAUAACACAGCACCUUGCCCAAAUACAUGCAAUAUUACUGACGACUUUAAGAUAUCUGUAUAAUGACUUUACUUAGAUGUCAACCGCGUAAUUCAAAAAUCGAACGAAACUGCUUUGAAUGGAGCGAAAUCAAGUGUUCUCAUUCUGAAAAUGGAAUCAAGCCAUAGUAUAUAAUAACCCUCAAAACUAAAUCUAGAACAGAUUAUUUAGUUAAUUAGAGUCAUCUCUUUUUAUUACAGCGUAAACAGAAUUGGGCAGAGAGAGACGAUUACUUUAGUGUAAUUUAGUUUUUAGCUUUAAUAGGUCCAGUUUCUUGUUAGUCUCAAGAUACACUGUCGUCUUGGCAGUUGUCACAUAUGUGAAACUUCAUACAGCAAUGAUUGACAGCUCCUGAAAGAUUUAAGUUUGAAUGGCCUUAUAGUAUAAAACCAUUCCAAAAUUGAAUUCUCUUAAAGUUUAAUAUUGUUAAAGACUAAAUUAAUUUAUCUCGUGUGUAUAAUAAUGUGAUAUACGUUAGUAUUAGAUCUCUCGUAAAGUUAGAUAGAUAUUUAUUUUAUAGAUGUUACAUCCAUAUAUGUUAUCCAGUUUUUAACUUACAGGAACUGGAUACAAGUCCUUUCGCUGAUUUUCUUUUUUAAGUUGCCUGACAUAAUAUUUAGUAAAUAGUUCAGUAUCUUACGAUUGUGGUAUAUAUAUACUGUGGCGCAAAUGUUUUAUUAGAUGUUCGGCCUCUAUAAAAAAGUAAAAGAAACUGAAUUUAUCUGAAAUUGUUACUUAUGUGUGAAUAUAUCGGAACUUUUUUUGGAUCCAUAAAAUUGAGUUAUCACUUUGAUCGUUUAUCUAAAAACCAAUCCCGUUAAUACCUUACAACAAAAUGUACAAUUAAAAAGCUCUUAUCUUUUAGUGAUGAAGGGGAGCUUAAAACUGGAAAAAUACUCAAUAUAAUACAAAUUCUCAAAACUUUCUCAUGAUUCUGGAUAAGGCUUCUGCGAAGUGUAAUUAGUUCGCGAACGUUGAACUUCUUAAAACAGACAGACAUCAGACAAGAAAUAUAUGAUCUGUGAUUAUGUCAAGUUUCAUGUAAUGUUGACAAAUUCUAUACAUGUCCGUGCUUCCGAUUGAUUCCGUGCUUCUCAUUACUAAUAAUAAUAUUGAUUUUAUGUCAAAUAUAUUUUUUUGCGUUUUGGUGCGAAAACUGACAGAAGGCCCAUUAAUUCUCACAUUGCCAGAUUGGGUCGCAAGUGCGUUGCCGACCAAGUCGAAUUGGUUGGGAUUUACUUCUUGGCAGCUUCUCUUCUUCUUUUUCUUGACGUCAAAGAGAUGGAGUGAAAAUAUAUAUUUGACAUGAAGUUAUUAACGCCUCAGGUUUCAAACUGUUACAAAACAAGUUUUAAUUGAUAUGUCUAAUAAUAUCUAUUGUGUUCAAUUUGUCAGAUUAAAAAGGUGAUAGUUAAUAAAUGUAACAUAAUGUAAACUAUUUUAAAAUACAUUUAAAAAUAUGUAUCACUAUAUUAAAUAUUAGAACUAUGUAAGGGAUAUCAAUUCUGACUUAACUUUAAUAUUCAUGUGUA